UGCAUACCAAGAGGAAAAGACAUGCUAAAGGUUGGUUUAGCUUGAUCUUGGUCAUAGCAUCACAUAGUUAAUUAGAUCAUUAACAUCUCCAAUGGCUGGUGAAAGCAAGUAGGAUGAGGACCACCAGUUGAGUGGCCAUUCACGGUUACCUAUUAGAAGCCUCAAUCUCUUUGGGCCCAGUGAAGGUCUCCAUCCUCCCAACUUUUGAGUGGUUCCAAAAGCUGAAGCGACUGUGAAAAGUAUAUGACUGCUCUUUCUACUAUGACAGUGGGGAUAUCCAAGUAAUUUUGGCACUUUCAAGGAGAGAGGAUCAUAAUAUCCAAUUCAUUCUUUUAGGAGGCAAGCAAUCCUGGUUUGACGUUAGAACACAAGGUGGAGUCUUCUUCUCCUUGACAGAAAUUAGGAGGAAUAUACUUCAAGCAAGCUAUGGUUGAACACCAGCCAAUUGAAUCCUGCUGCAGAGAAGAGACAAGCUUCUUUACUUGUGAAAAGGGAUUCUUUAUCUCAUGGCUGCUGCAUGUGGAGGGACGCAGCAUAGAAGAACACAAGAAAAGGAAUGGCCACGAAACUUUUGAGCCUGGAGAUCAUGGAAAAGCUACAGUAGAGCGGGCAGGGUGGAGCUGAACCGUGGAGUCGUCCCACAAAAAAGGUGGCUGGUGGCGUUUGCCAUUUGCGCAGGGCUCACGGAUUGCACCACGCGAUCUAUGGGCACUGCCGUCCUUGGGGUGUGUGGUGCACCGCCGAUCAUCAUCAUUGGCUCUGAGGACAUCGCCACAGCUCUCCACCAUACUCCACUGCAAAAGAUUUGAUUCCUGGUCCUCUCCUUCCUGCCUCCUUCACUGGGCAAAUCCAAGCCACCCGAGCAAGGACUUUGGUCAGCCGGAGUAACAAGUGGAGUCGCAGUUUCAGGGGGCCACCAACAAUCUCAUCAGUGACACCACAUUCCCUCACAUUGGAUGAUCAUGCGGGUGGCUCCUCCAUCUCCAUCAGUGAUAUCUGAUCUGUGUGAUUUAUUUAGAUCAUGAACACAAAAGAAGGAUCGAGCACAAGAUAAGAUUGAUGGUGGAACAGGAGAGAGGCUGCGUGUCCAACCCCGCAGUAAGAUUUCCUCACAUCAGCAGGAGCCUGUUGAUGAAGGCCACUUGUCUGUGUGCAAGCUAGAGAGAGGAAGGUGAGAUGAGACUCACAUGCAACCUGUUCUGUCAGGACUUGGGUCCCAUUAGAUUCGCAGCCAGGACCUACAGUUGUCCUGCCCCCACAGCCUUCCUAUAAAUGUAGCUUAUGCCCUCAUGGAAAGAGUGGUGAGUGAUGUAUCCUUCUGCCCUUGUCAUCACCACCAGGAGACUUCUGUUCCUAUCUGCUUUUCCAGCUCCCUUAUAGAGAGGGCGUGUUCCAUCUCGAUCCCUUCAUUGUACCGGUCCCUCGCAUAAGAGCUUGUCCAGCGGAGGACUUUGAUCAGCCAUGCAGGUAAAGAGAUCGCAUGGGUUGAUCUUGGUAUGUGCCUGCUUCUCUCUCUCUGAUCAUUUGGUGCUGCUGCUGCUGCUCUUUGUUUCUUCCUGUCCUCAAAGCCCAGCUAGGGUGCCUCUAGCUUCCUUCUUAAGCCCACCUAGUGCAGCAGCUCUUCAUUCUUCUCCAAUUAUAUUUCUCUGCAUGCGUGCUUCUUUUCUUUCAUUUGAUGGCCUGUUUGCUGAAUGAGCUCCCUUUCUUUGCAUUCUUGCAGGUGAAAUCCAGUCAAGAAAACACUGUUAUCAGUUCCUUUGUUUUAUUGGAUCUGAUCCUAUUCAAAUUCCAUUUUGUUUGGUCAUUUACUAGCUUCAUAUUCACAGUGGGUUCAAUUUUUUCUUCUCAUGUUCCCUCUCUGAACUAGAAGAAAUUGAAGGAAUAUUAAGUUCUUCCCUCUAUGGACUUUGCUCUGUUCUGUACCAGAGUCAAUAUCCUGUUUCUUCUUAUAGCUCUCUGUUCACCAUGCAAGUUCAUCCAGAGCCCCAUGGACUUUGGCCCCUUGAACUUCCACCAGACCACAGACACCUCGUCUUUGGACUUCGGGAGGAUCGUGUUCGACUCCCCUUCCGCCGUCCUUCGACCCCAAUCCCCAAAAGAGAUCUCACUCCUCCUCGGCUUUCUCUCUGCUUCAUCCUUCAGUAAAGUCACAGUUGCAGCAAGAGGAGCAGGCCACUCCAUCGAUGGCCAAGCUCAGGCCCUCGACGGCAUUGUCAUCGAGAUGGACUCCCUGCCCUCCACCAUAAGCAUUCACCGUGGACGAGAGUCCGGUUCCUCUUACGCUGAUGUCAGUGGUGGAGCUCUUUGGAUCGAGCUGCUACGCGAGAGCUUGAGGUUUGGGCUGGCUCCAAGGUCUUGGACCGAUUACCUCUACCUCAGCGUCGGUGGGACUCUCUCUAAUGGCGGCAUCAGUGGCCAGACCUUCAAGCACGGACCUCAGAUCAGCAAUGUCUUGCAGCUCGAUGUGGUGACAGGUAAAGGAGAGCAAGUAACAUGCUCGCCCACUGAAAGCUCGGAGCUGUUCUUUGCGGCUCUGGGUGGGUUGGGCCAGUUCGGCAUCAUAACGAGAGCAAGGAUCCUGCUCCAGGAUGCUCCUCCGAAGGUGAAGUGGGUCAGAGCCUUUUAUGACGACUUCGAGACCUUCACCGAGGACCAAGAACUGUUGGUUGCAAUGCCAGAUGCAGUGGACUAUGUCGAGGGAUUCAUCCUCCUAAACGAGCAGUCCCUCCACAGCUCAUCCGUCGCCUUCCCAUCUCAUCUGGAGUUCACCCCGGAGUUCGACAGCAACGGCAGCAACUACAGAGUGUACCACUGCAUCGAGUUUGCCAUCCAUGACUACCAAGUCGAGAGCACAGAUGUGGAGCAAGUCGUGACCGAGAUUUCCAGGAAGAUGAGCCAUAUACCUUCGCAUUUCUACAGUGUGGAAGUCUCCUACUUCGACUUCCUCAACAGGGUCAGGAUGGAGGAGGUCAGCCUCAGGAGCAGAGGGCUGUGGGAGGUGGCUCACCCAUGGCUCAACCUGUUUGUGCCCAAGUCUGGGAUCAGAGAGUUCAAAGACUUGCUGCUGGAUAACAUCUCACCGACUGACUUCGAAGGCCUUGUUCUCAUCUACCCACUUCUAAGAGACAAGUGGGACGCGAACAGCUCGGCUGUGCUGCCUGACGGGGGAGGCAGAGCGGAGGAGCAGGUGAUGUACAUCGUCGGAGUGCUCCGGUCAGCCAACCCGGCCACCUGCGCAGCCCAGUGCCUCCGAGACCUCCUCCGCCGCCGCCGUCGCGUGGCAAAGGUCGCCACGGACCCCCGAAUCGGAGCGAAGCAGUACCUGGCGCGCCACCCCUCCCAGGGCCAAUGGCAGGAUCACUUCGGCCGGCACUGGGACCGGUUUGUGGCCCGCAAGGCGCAGUUCGAUCCCCUCAGCAUCCUCGCCCCCGGCCAAGGCAUAUUUCCCCGGACAUAUGCCUCUUCCUCGUAGUACCACAUCGAUCUCUCUACAGCACUUUCGCAUCAAAUCCACUGCAUGCACGACCGUACCAUUCCAUGAUUCUGCCUUUCAUGUUCUUUCUUUCAUGAUAUGUUAAAGAGGGGGAUGAUUUCGGAACGUAGCACAGCGAUUUGAGCGCAAGUUGGAUUUUAGUUUAUGAAUCUGGGAUUCGUGGGCGUGGCUCUCAAAGUAGAUUCGAGAUCAUGCAGUGGGAAGUGAGAGGUCGAAAGAGACAGGAACAAAUCUAGUUCAGAAUCUGACACCUGCAGUGAUCAAACAUCCAAAUUUGCACCAGCAGUAGACAGCUUCAGAUUUCAUAUCAGGAAGGGACAAAUCUAGCGAGGUUGAUAGGGAAACUUGAUGGAGAACAUGCUCAAAUCGGUAUCAUUUGGUAUAUGAGGAGGAGACCACCUGCUCUUCUAUUUUUUGAUCGACAACACAAUCUAUGUUAUCCAUCGUCAUUCUUAGAUGUGAUGAAAGUGAGAUUUGAUCAUAUAAUUUUACUAU